AUUCAAUGAAAAUUGUUCAUAGAAAAAUUUUACAAAUUCAUCAAAAUGUCUUCAUUGGUGGAAAGUGUGGAAAUUCCAUCGCAUCUGAAGCGGAUAUUUCUGUACAUAAAAUUGAAGACGAUUGAGAAUCUUCCGCAUGUUCAUGGAAAAUUGGAAAUACAUUUGAGCCAGGCGAAAAAUACGCUUACGAAACUUGUGGAUGCUUAUCCAUCCGAUAAUAUUAUUGAUCUAUCGAUAUUCGAUAUGUACAAACCCACUUUUAGUCUCAUGAUUGAGCAAGAUAAUAUUGAGGAUAUGAAUAUCCUAAGUGAUAAUCCAUUGCUAUUAACCCUCUACCAUCGUGCAAUGGUGUUGGUGCCACGUGAAGAAGAAGCUGCAGAAGAGCAAGAGGAUGAGGAAGAAGAGCAAACAGAAGUUUAUGAAGAACAACUAAUAUCCCUAGCGCAGGGUCAUAUUGAUCUAUUGAAGCUCUAUACCAAGAAGCGUGAAUCGGUCACAUUCCAUUGCAUUUUGUAUCCUUUAACGAUGAAGAGAACUUCCUUUAGUUCAAUCACGACUGCGUGGGAAAUAUAUGCAUUGUUACCGUUACUCAAAGACCUGUCUAUCCACAACGUAGCCUACAUUUCAUUCGAGUCUAUUUUCAAUGUGGAAUCCAAUCUAGGCGACAUCGUAGAUUUCUUGGUUGCUGAUUUGUGUUUUGAGUCGAAAGUUCCCAACAAAGAUAAUCAGUAUGACAAAAUAAAGUUGUGUACAUUCGAUAAAUUCUACAAUGAAAAAGUGGCAGGGAAUAGCUUGAAACUUACUUGGGCAUCCCUGAAAGAAGAUGAGCCUAAAAAUUACAAUUGUCUUGGCAUCUUUUGCGAUACCUACGUUAAUGUGUUCAAUAUCUUUCGCAAACUUGUACGCGCCGAACACUCGAAAAUUAAUUUUGAAACGGUCAGUUUGGAAAAUCAUACAAUAGGAAAUAAUUCAACUCAUCGAUAUGUGUUAACCGAACAAUUUGUGCGAAUUUUGGAAGAUGUUAUAGCUUUCGAUGAACAGCAGCUACUUGUUGAACUGUAUCAUAUCGAUAACCCCGAUAAAAUAAUUGCACAAGGACGUAUUGAUCUAUCAAUAAUGCUUUAUCCAAAUGUGAAUAGCAAGAGAUUUGUAGUGGAGCUGUACAACAUGGAUAAAAUUGAAAGACCAAGAAGCAAAAUGGGUUCGGUAAUUAAACCAGUAGGACCAACGUUUGCCAUUAUUUCCAUAUGUUUACUAACACCCCUAACUGGGUCGUUUAUGCUUAAUAGUAUGGAUAUACCAAUUACUAAACGCCCAAUUCCUAUAACAAACUUUCGCAGAUCAUUAAAACAUCGCGUAGAGGCUUAUCACAAAUUUGAAAAUCAAAUAAAAGAGUUAAUUUUUUACAUCAUACAGAAUGAUAUAAAGAAGUUGGAUGAUGCUAGAAAUAUAUUUUGUUGCUACAAGGAGAAUUUAAAUAACAAAUUUUUCAAGCUCAUCUCUUGCGACUUCAACAUUAGAAAACCCACCAAAGAUAGCAUUGAGUUCCAUAACCUACUGACCUCCAUCUACAGUUAUGGUGUGCAGUGUACUUAUGAUAAAUUGCUGAAAUUUGGAAACCGAGUGCCACAUUAUUGGUUGACACAAUCGGAAAAUGGUCUGCGAAUUAUUGGAUAUCUCUCAACUUCGCAAUAUUUAUCUGCGCUUGGGGAGGAAGGCUUAGCAAAAGCGUUUUGCGACAAGGCAGAGAAAUUGUCUACUGCCAAUACCAUUUUAACAUUUUUCAAACUUGUAAUGGACGUGGAAAAACAAGACUUUCAAAAGGCCAAGAAGUAUUAUUUGCUACCAAAAAAUGCACAAUUCGAGAUGGCUGUGACUUUCACUGAAUUGAUUCGAAUAUAUAUUAUAUAUGUGGAAAAUUUGGCAGAUGAAGAUACAUUUAAUAAAGCCAUGGAGUACUUAAUCGUCAAUCUGAGAAACACAAUUAUGCUCUUUCCAGGCGAGAUUAGCCUCUGGGUAUUGCUGCAUUGCGUUUUCAAAUAUUGCGGAUAUUUACCGGGCAUUAAUUAUACCCGUUGGCGAUAUGAGCAAUUACCUCAUAAAAUUGAAUUGGAAGGACUUGGUUUACCAACGAAUCGUUUUGAAUUAGUAAAUUCACUUCAAAUACAGUUUCCAAAUUCGCCCAAGAAAACAUUAUUCUUAAGCGUUUUUAAAAUGAUGAUACGCUUGGGGUUGUACAAAUUUGCUGAGUUCAUUUUCAAAGAGUGCGAAGACGAGUGCACUGCAUCAGAACGAUAUCUUAUACAGACUACACUAAGGAUUCUAACAAAUGAAGUUCCAGCUAAAUAUCCAGCCAAAUCGUUUCCAAUAAAUAAGAGCAAAGGGCGUGAGGACCAAGAGACGGAAAAGGCACUCCUAUUGAGCGUCAAUGGACAUUUGGAAUAUAGUCGCGGUGCUAUAGAUUUAGCAAUGCAAAAUUAUGGUAGCAUUUUAAUGCGAUCUAGCGAAAUCGAAUUCGAAUUAUAUUCUUUGGCUUUGCUACGUUACGGCUUCCAUAUGUUGAGUAAUGGACUAUACGAAAACGCUGUGGAAGCAUUUAAUAAAAGUGAAGGUGACGACGUUAAGAUUAUUGCUAAUUUUGGCUUAGGCAAAGCUUUGUUUAAAAUGAAAAGACUGGAAGAGGCGGAACAGGCAUUUGCGAAUUGUACAACUUUUAAAGUACAUAUACCUGAUGUUUGGGGUUACCUAGCGUUGAUCAAUCUCCUACAGAAUGAAAACUUUAAAGCUCUUGAAUUUUGGAAAUAUGCUAAAAUUCACCCAAAUGUUGAAUUAAGCGAGGACUUGAUGCAAGAGUUGGCAAAUGUAGAUAUUUACAACGUUAAGCUUUUUGUGGACAAACCAUCGGUGUACUAAUCCAAGUGGGCUACUAGUUGCACGUCGAAUUGUUUUUCUUCCCAAUGUAUUACUCACUAAUGAAGUGAAUCCUCGGUUUAAUGAAGUUGAAGAGGUUGGACAAAUGCUUCGUUAUAUCUAUAGUUUCGUUAUAAAUAUUUAUAGAAUAUCAAAACCUAGAUAUAACGGAAAAUAUGAACUUACCGUCAAUAUAUUCCAGAGAUGUUCAUG